AUGUCGAACGACGUCUCUCCAGAUCAGAUGCAGGCGCGCAUCCAGCAGGCCCGUCGUGAGGCUGAGAACCUGAAGGACAGGAUAAAGCGCAAGAAGGAUGAUUUGGCGGAUGGCACGCUCUCGAAUAUCGCCCGCAGUCAACAAGAGGCCCUACCAAAGAACACCAUGAUGAAGACCAGAAAGACCUUGAAGGGACAUCUCGCGAAGAUCUACGCCAUGCACUGGUCGACCGAUCGGAGACAUUUAGUAUCAGCAUCGCAAGACGGAAAGCUCAUAAUCUGGGAUGCAUACACCACGAACAAAGUCCACGCUAUUCCUCUACGCUCAUCUUGGGUCAUGACUUGUGCGUACGCCCCGAGCGGAAAUUACGUCGCGUGCGGUGGUCUGGACAACAUCUGCUCUAUUUACAACCUCAACUCGAACCGCGAAGGCCCAACCCGCGUUGCACGAGAACUUUCGGGUCACUCUGGGUACCUCUCCUGCUGCCGAUUCAUCAACGACCGUAGCAUCCUCACCUCCUCCGGCGAUAUGACCUGUAUGAAGUGGGAUGUUGAGACGGGAUCCAAGGUCACCGAGUUCGCAGACCAUCUCGGUGAUGUUAUGAGCAUCAGCAUAAACCCAACAAAUCAGAACACCUUCGUCUCCGGUGCCUGUGAUGCCUUCGCCAAAUUAUGGGAUAUCCGAGCUGGCAAGGCCGUCCAAACAUUUGCUGGUCACGAGUCCGAUAUCAACGCCAUCCAAUUCUUCCCAGAUGGCCACUCAUUUGUCACCGGUUCCGACGAUGCUACCUGCAGGCUGUUUGAUAUUCGUGCUGAUAGAGAACUGAACCAAUACGGAAGCGAAGCCAUUCUUUGCGGUAUCACUUCUGUCGCCACUUCGGUUUCGGGUAGACUCCUGUUCGCUGGCUACGAUGACUUCGAAUGCAAGGUGUGGGACAUCACUCGCGGAGAGAAGGUGGGAUCGCUGGUGGGCCACGACAACCGGGUCAGCUGCUUAGGUGUCAGCAAUGAUGGAAUGAGUUUGUGUACUGGAUCAUGGGAUUCAUUGCUCAAGAUCUGGGCUAUGUAA